AUGGGAUAUGUAUUACGGAAUGAUGACAGGUUGGUCUGGCACCAUGAGAAAAAAGGUUGCUACACAGUACGAAGUGGGUAUUGGCUUGCUUGUGCAAUUCGAGAUCGUGAAGAUGGAGAGGUGGGUGCAUCUAACAGCAACUUUGAGAACAUUUGGUUGAGAUUAUGGCGGAUGCAAGUGGCUAAUAAAGUCAAAGUAUUUCUAUGGAGAUGUAUGCAUGAGAUUCUACCAUGUCGACAAAAACUUUUUUUGAAGCAAGUAGUAUCUAAUCCUAUUUGCCUUCGGUGUCACCAAGCACCGAAAACAGUACUACAUGCUUUAUGGGAUUGUCCUGCAGCCCGUGAGGUAUGGCAGUUUUCAGCUCUUCAAGAUUCAUGCAACUCAGCUUAUUAUGGAUGCUUUCUCAAUCUAUUUCACUAUAUCUUGACUGUCUUGACUGAUAAGGAACUUAGACACUUUGGGUAUAUUUGUUGGAAUGUGUGGAAUGGAAGAAAUACUCAAUUGUUUCAAGGCUAUAAGCCCAAUGCUUUCCAAAGUUACCAACACAUGCAGGAGAUGGCAGAAGAAUUCUAUCAAGCGAAUUGCACAUCUUCACGCUCGACUCAAGACGGAAGCAACCGGGUGGUGAAUUGGGAGAGGCCUCCUGCUCAGUUCGUUAAAAUUAAUGUGGACGGGACUCUAAAGACAUACGAUAGUGUUAGAGUGCUGGGAGUUGUUAUUAGAGAUGAACGUGGAGAGCUGAUUGCAGCAGCAGCCAAACCAGUGUGUGGCAUGUUUACCCCCAAUGUUACUGAAUUAUUCGCAAUCAGAUUUGGACUACAACUUGCUAGGGUCUUGGGAUUGAAACAUAUUUACCUAGAGUCAGAUGCACAAGCAGCAAUACGGAUGGCUUUCCAAUGCUGGGAAAGUAACCGGGAAAUAUCACUUUAUUUCCUUUUCCAUGUUUGUUUUGAGUAA